AUGGAGAAGCGUGACAGAGCUAUGGCAACGCGUGACAGUACAAUGGUAACACUACGAUGGAGAAGCAUGACAGAACCAUGGCGAAUGAUUGGCAGCCGCUGUAGUGGUUUUAAUUCAGACAACUGUAAAUUAGUGAAACAUGUAGAAUGUGUAAAACCUGAUGGUGCAACCAGUAAUGAUGAAAGAAAGUGUCAGUGUAUCAACGGGUUCUACAAAAGUGCAGAUAACAGCUCCUGUAUUGAAGUAAUUGGGAGCAACUGUAAAGAGCAACUUUCCGACAAUUGUAACUUAGUCAAUCAUCUGAAAUGUACUAAACUGAUUGAUUCAGACAGGAAUGAAAGAACAUGCCAGUGUAUCAAUGGUUUCUAUAGAAGUAUUGAUAACAGAUCAUGUGUGGAAGAAUGCAAGCCGCCUUUGUUCAUGUUGAAUAAAAACAUACACUUUCUAAUGAAUGAUACUGACAUACCAACUGGAACAUUCUUCUUUGAGGACAAAUUGAUUUAUAUGUGCAACGAGGGUUAUGAAUUCAUACCAAAUGCUGCUGAUACUGCCAACAGGACUAUUGAAUGUCAGAGCAACAGAUCAUGGUCUGGGUUCGAACAAUGCAAAAGGAGAGAUUGUGGAAAUUUAGAACUGCUGAACAUAUCAAAUGCUGAAAGGAGGCACAAGUUCAAUGAUACAAAAUACCGGUCGAAUGCAACUAUAAGCUGUGAUACUGGAUAUACUGAUCAAAAUAAACCUCACACAUUGGGUAUAUCAACCACUUGGAUCAAGUGCUCUGCAAGUGGAACAUGGGAACAUGUACCGAAUUGUGUGCGAAAAGACUGCGGUAAUGUACGUGAUAUCAUCAUAGAAAAUGCAGCCAAUAGACGUCUGCAUAAGGACACCAUGUACAAUUCAACAGCAGAUAUAGACUGUGACGAAGGAUAUUACAACAUUAACGACACGCAAUCAAGUGAAAUUUCAACAACAACAAUACGUUGUUCUGAGAAUGGAACAUGGAAGAAUAUACCCAAGUGUGUGCGAAAAGAUUGCGGAAAAUUAGACCUGCUGAAAAUAUCAAAUGUAAAAAGCAGGCACAAAUUCAACGAUACAAAAUACCAGUCGAAUGCAACUAUCAGCUGUGAUACUGGAUAUACUGAUCAAAAUAAACCUCAGACAUUGGGUAUAUCAACAACUUGGAUCAAGUGCUCUGCCAGCGGAACAUGGGAAAAUGUACCAAAUUGUGUAAGGAAAGAUUGUGGAAGUUUAGAACUGCUGAACAUAUCAAAUGCUGAAAGGAGGCACAAGUUCAAUGAUACAAAAUACCAGUCGAAUGCUACUAUAAGCUGUGAUACUGGAUAUACUGAUCAAAAUAAACCUCACACAUUGGGUAUAUCAACAACUUGGAUCAAGUGCUCUGCCAGUGGAACAUGGGACAAUGUACCGAAUUGUGUGCGGAAAGACUGCGGUGAUGUACAUGAUAUCAGCAUAGGCAAUGCAGCCAAUAGACGUCUGCAUAAGGACACCAUGUACAAUUCAACAGCAGAUAUAGACUGUGACGAAGGAUAUUACAAUAUUAACGACACGCAAUCAAGUGAAAUUUCAACAACAACAAUACGUUGUUCUGAGAAUGGAACAUGGAAGAAUAUACCCAAGUGUGUGCGAAAAGAUUGCGGAAAAUUAGACCUGCUGAAAAUAUCAAAUGCUGAAAGGAGGCACAAGUUCAAUGAUACAAAAUACCGGUCGAAUGCUACUAUAAGCUGUGAUACUGGAUAUACUGAUCAAAAUAAACCUCACACCUUGGGUAUAUCAACAACUUGGAUCAAGUGCUCUGCCAGUGGAACAUGGGGAAAUGUACCAAAUUGUGUAAGGAAAG